AGAACUAUAAUUAUAUUAACCUUGCUCCCACUUUACUAUCCCUCCCUCCCCUCCUCUUUCCCGCGCUGUAGAACCUGGACAUGGUGACGUUGACCAUCCAGACCUCACCAUAGCCACCACACAAAACCCACACCGGUUCAGGUUACGACUCCGAGCCGAAUGUAGCAUAUAGACUGACCCCGAGAUACUGAAGAAGGGUGCAGUUGUCUCUUCGGCUCAGGUCAUCAAAGGAGCAUAUACAAGACAAAAGGAGAGGCGGGAGAAGAUGCAGAAGAACCGCAGGACCUCCAUUUCCACCCUGCGAGGAACUGCUAGAGAGGGCAAAGACAAAGACGCCGAAAAAGUCCUCAAGGGUCUCCUGGAUGUUGCCGAGGCAACUGCCAGCGAGCGAGACCACGACGUCCUGGCGGCCGGAGCCGGCGUCUCCAUGAUGACAGACCAGGACCGCGAACGUGCCCCCGUCACUCCGAAGCGAUGGGACGCAAUGCUCAAGCGACCGGAUCUCGACUACUCUGAUCUGUUCUCGGAGACCACCGGGAAGCUCCCCGGUCUCACCAUCUGGCAGAUUGAGAACUUCUACCCCGUGGAGAUUGACGAAUCCCAGCAUGGCCAGUUCUACAAGGCAGAUGCCUACAUCAUCUUGAAGACUCAAUGGAACGAGAUGUCAGAGAUGGACUGGGAAAUUUAUUUCUGGAUCGGAGAAGAAUCUACGAUGGACAAGAAGGCGUGUGCCGCCAUGCACUCUGUCCAUCUUCGUAACAUGUUGGGUUGCGAGCGACGGACGCACCGGGAAGAAAUGGGCGACGAAUCAGACACUUUUGUCGAUCUCUUCCCAGAAAUCACCUACAUUGAAGGUCAGGAUGUGGUGUAUCGUCUCUUCCAACUGCAGGGAACCAAGCAUCCUUUCCUUGAGCCGGUGGAGAUGGAGGCAGAGAGUCUGAAUCUGGGCCAGGUGUUCCUCCUGGACUGCGGCGAGGUCAUCUUCAUCUGGUGCGGGAGCCGCUCAUCUCUCAUGAGCCGAUCCAAGGCCCGUCUCCUCGCCGAGAAAAUCAACAAGUUUGAGAGGAAAGGCCACAGCAAGAUCAUCCAGCUAAGACCAGGGCUGGAGCCUGAUCAAUUCUGGCACUUUCUCGGAGGAGAACUUGAGAAACCCAUUUCAUUUCGUGAGUACGUCUAUGUCCCAAGACGACCAAUUCUCUAUCGCGUGGGCCUCGGUACUGGCUACCUGGAGCUACCACAAGUGGAGGUGCCGAUGGGUCAGUUGAAACGUGCCAUUCUCAAGACUAGCGACGUGUACAUCCUGGACUGCCAUACCGAUAUUUUCGUCUGGAUUGGUCGUAAGAGUGCUCGUCUGGUGAGGGCAGCUGCACUGAGAAUGGCUGAUGAACUGCGGACCAUGCUCAAGAGACCACUGAGUGCUCUCGUCACUCGCUGCCAGCAGGGAACUGAGCCAGUCAUAUUCAAGACGAGGUUCGUCGGUUGGGAAGAUGUGGUGGCAGUAGACUUCACCAGAACUACAGAUAUGCUGGAGAAAAGAGAGCAGGAAAUGAAACAGAAUCCAGGACAAGAUCCUAGCAAGAAAGCUGCCAAGGUUGACAUGUCUCCUCUGUUUCUGGAGAGGCAGCCUCCCAUGCCCAACAGAGACGCCAACGAGAUUGCAUUCCAGUUCAACCGACAGCUGGUGAGCAUGCGAUGUUGCAUCAUCGAGGGUCGAAAGUUCUCCAUCCUACCCAACAAAGAGAAAGGUCAUUUCUACAGUGGAGAGUGUUACUUUUUCCUUUGCCGCUACCUGGAGGACAAAGAGCGAGACGAGGAGAGUGGGGAGGAGAGUGGGGACGGGGAGGAGGAAGAGGAGGAGGAGGACGAGGUACAGACGGUGGUCUAUUUCUGGCAGGGCAGGGACGCCUCCAAGAUGGGCUGGCUUCACUUCACUCUGGGGAUUCAGAAGCAGCUUGAGCAGGCUAUCGAAGGGCCUCUCGACGUCAUUCACCUGAAGCAGCAACAGGAGGACUUUCGCUUUCUCUCUCAUUUUGGAAGCAAAUUCAUCAUUCAUUGGGGAAGGAGGAGUCCGGAUGUGAAGAACUACCAGCCCUCUCUGUACCAGAUCAGAGCCAACCAGAGCAAACUGUGUCGCCGCGUGGUACAGGUCCCUGCCACGCCCACCUCACUCAACUCCGCCUUCUGCCACAUACUGAAGGUUCCAUUUGAGACUGGAGGGACCGGGAUCGUCUACAUCUGGAUAGGGAGCCAGGCGACCCAGGAAGAGGCCAUCCACGCAGAGCAGAUGGGGAGGUCCAUGUUUGAUUCGACUUAUUCAAACGUGUUGGUCCAAGAAGGUGCGGAGCCCGAGAAUUUCUUCUGGGUGGCCCUCGGCGGGAGAAAGGACUACGAGACUGGGGAUCUCUGUAACCAGGAUGUAAUGCUAAUGGACACUGGCAAGGAGGUGUUUAUGUGGUUUGGACCAGAUUCAACGGACAUUGAGAAGAAGCUGUCAGUGAAGGCUGCUCAGGUGUACAUCAAGCACCUGGCAGAGAAGGGAGAGGGGGAAGAGGGAGGAGGAGGAGGUGGCAAGAGGAAAGUGAGCAGAGUAGAGCCCAGGAGCCGUGAAUAUACGUUGGACUUUCAGUCUUCCAGCUGCUGUACGAUACGUGUCGACGAAGGGGAGACCACAGUGCGCUCGUUCCUCUCGCGUCUGAGGAAUGACAAGAACCUCGUUGAGAAUGCCGGCGAGCUGGAGCUACGUUAUGUUCCAGCCUGUCACCUCUGGCUGGGUACUGUGGCAGAGUUCCCCAAAUUGGCGGAAAAUGAGAGGAUAUUCCCGCACCUGCCUGGAAAUGGCAUUGGAAAGGGGUCCCUCCUCCAGCCAGCCGCACUGCCACUAGAAGCCGAGAUAACUAAUGAGCCAGCCCCACUUACACCAAGUGAGCCAAAGAGAACUACUACACUACCACUAGAGACAAAAGUUACUGAGCCACUAGGAUUACAACAAGACACCAAUGGAACUACACUACCAAAAGGGACCAAUAGAACUACCGCAGUACCAACAGUGACACAAGAGACCUACAAGCCACUCACAUUACCACAAGAGACCAAGGGAACCACUGAAAUACCACAAGAGACCGAGAGAACCACUGAGCCACCAAGACUACCACAAGAGACCAAGGGAACCACUGAGCCACCAAGACUACCACAAGAGACCAAGAGAACCACUGAGCCACCAAGACUACAGCAAGAGACCAAUAGAACCACAGACUUAGUCCUUUCUGAAGCUGCCAAAACCAAAGAGACCGAAUCUGAUGUGGUAAUGAUUGUUUCAGCCGAAGGUAAAAGAGGUGACAAUGAACAAAGAAAAGAAGCUAAUGGGAGUGACUCUGGAUUGAAUGCCACUACGGACUCUCACUCUGAGUGCUCAGUCGACCUGAACUCUGAGGAGGUUCCAAUGAUUGUAUGUCCAACAGUAGGUGGAGUUGUUGGUGGGGAGUGUGGGGAGGGAAGAGAUGGGGAAGUGGAGGAGAGGGAAAGAGGGAAGGGGGAGGGAGGAGGGGAUAAGGAGGAUGAAGGGGAAGAGGAGGUGGGAAGUGACGAAGGGAUUGGAAUGGAGGUGUGUGUGGGGAGUGAGACUGGGGAGGGUGGGAGUGUGAUUGUGGUGAUCGGGAGUGAAGACGAUGAGGAACGGUAUCAGGGUGUGUCUGGAAUGGAACAGAACCCGGUGAUCCACUGCUGUGGAAUGGAACUCAGCCAGAGUGACCUUCGUACUCUUGAACCUAACAAAUGCCUGAAUGACCAGGUAGUGAACUGCUACAUGAAGCUGCUGGUGAAGCAAGCCGUGAGGAAGCCCGACACCGUUGCCAUAGCAAGCACAUUCUUCUACACCAAGCUGUGUCGUGGUGGUUUCAGCGGAGUCACAAGAUGGAUGAAAAACGUGGAUUUUGCCAGACUUCGUCUUUUUCUCGUCCCGGUUCAUCUGCCUACUCAGCAACACUGGUGUCUUGUAGCCGUCCAUAUCAGGAGGAGGGUCAUUGAAUACUACGACUCUCUCGGCUUUCGAAAUCCCUCCUGUUUAAAGAGGCUGUUGAAGUUUGUGUUGAAGCGGACACGUAAGCGGCUGAAGCACCAGGCAAGGCGGCAGGUUUCCCCGCUCCAGAACUGUCACUGGAGAAAGUGCUAUCCAGAGUUUGCUCGUUGGCUCUGCUAUAAUCACGGGAGCUCCUCCCAUUCAAAGAUCCCGUUCACCCAGUCCCACAUGCGCAGACUCAGACACGUCAUGAGAAUGGAACUGGAGAACGAGAGACUCCGCUCCGACCUCACCCGGCAAAUAUCUGAUCACCCGCUCAAUUUUUAA